AUGGGCAACUCACUAAGCGUAUUUUGUUCCUGGUUCCGCCGCAGGUCCUGGCCACGCCAUCGGCAACCUGCUCGUCUUGUCCGUGAGGCCUUCCCAGCUGGCCGGGCUCACCCCGCGGCUCCUGCACCUGUGCCUGCCCCGGGAAUCUGGGGCCGUUUCCCACUCCUCUUCAACCAUCAGCGACAUUUUGGGCCUUCUUUUCCAGUCGGGUGGGACGGCGCCCCUAUGAGGCUGUGUCUUAUCCCUCGGAACAUGGGCACCCCACAGAGGGUCCUGCCUCCUGUGGUCUGGAGCCCCCCCUCAAGAAAGAAACCCGUGCUGUCUGCUCGCAACUCCAGGAUGUUUGGACACCUCAGCCCCGUGAGGAUCCCUCGUCUCAGAGGCAAGUUUAACCUCCGACUUCCUUCAUUAGAUGAGCAGGUGAUCCCAGCCAGGCUCCCGAAGAUGGAGGUGAGGGCAGAAGAGCCCAAAGAAAUAACGGAGGUGAAAGACCAGGUAGAGACCCAGGGGCAGGAGGACAAUAAAAGGGAACCCUGUAGCAAUGGGGAAGCAGCUUCCACCUCUAGGCCCCUGGAGACUCAGGGAAACCUCACUUCCUCCUGGUACAAUCCCAGGCCCUUGGAGGGAAAUGUCCACCUCAAGAGCUUGACAGAAAACAACCAGACUGACAAGGCCCAGGUGCAUGCAGUGAGUUUCUACUCCAAGGGCCAUGGAGUCUCCAGUUCACACAGCCCUGCUGGAGGCAUCCUUCCCUUUGGGAAGCCUGACCCACUUCCAACAGUGCUCCCUACCCCAGUUCCGGGCUGCUCCCUGUGGCCAGAGAAGGCGGCCUUGAAGGUGCUGGGUAAAGACCACCUGCCCAGCUCUCCAGGCUUGCUGAUGGUUGGGGAGGACAUGCAGCCCAAGGAUCCUGCAGCUCUUGGAUCAAGUAGGUCUUCUCCACCCAGAGCUACUGGCCACAGGUCCCGCAAAAGAAAACUGUCGGGGCCACCGCUGCAGCUGCAACCGACCCCUCCCCUGCAACUGAGGUGGGAUAGAGACGAGGGGCCCCCACCGGCUAAGCUUCCAUGUCUAUCUCCUGAGGCACUGUUGGUGGGUCAGGCUUCCCAAAGAGAAGGACGCCUCCAGCAGGGCAACAUGCGUAAGAACAUGAGGGUGUUAAGUAGAACGUCAAAAUUCAAGAGACUAAGAGAGCUGCUUAGGAGGAGAAAGAAGAGACGGCAGGGCAGGCGUGGUGGCCCACGCCUGUAAUCCAGCACUUUGGGAGGCCCAGGCGGGCGGAUCAGGAGCUCAAGAGAUUGAGACCUGAGGAGCAUCUCUGCCUGCACCAUCUGGGAAGUGAGGAGCGCCUCUGCCCAGCUGCUCCACCGUCUGGGAAGUGAGGAGCGCCUCUGCCCAGCCGCCCCACCGUCUGGGAAGUGAGGAGCGCCUCUGCCCGGCUGCUCCACCAUCUGGGAAGUGAGGAGCGCCUCUGCCUGGCCACCGCACUGUCUGGGCAGUGAGGAGCGCCUCUGCCAGGCCCCCGCCCUCUCUGGGAAGUGACGAGCGCCUCUGCCCAGCCGCCUCACAGUCUGGGAAGUGAGGAGCGCCUCUGCCCGGGCCCUGCCCCGUCUGGGCAGUGAGGAGUGCCUCUGCCAGGCCGCCGCCCUGUCUGGGAAGUGAGGAGCGCCUCUGCCUGGCUGCCGUCCUGUCUGCGAAGCAAGGAGUGCCUCUGCCCGGCCUCCUCACCGUCUGGGAAAUGAGGAGCGCCUCUGCCUGGCCACCAUCCCAUCUGGGAAGUGAGGAGCACUUCUGCCUGGCCACUGCCCUGUCUGGGAAGUGAGAAGCACCUCUGCCCAGCUGCCCACCAUCUGGGAAUUGAGAAGGAGCUCCGCCUCUGCCUGGCCUCCACCCCAUCUGGGAAGUGACGAGCACCUCUGCCUGGCUGCCUCACGGUAUGGGAAAGUGAGGAGCGCCUCUGCCCAGCCGCCGCCCUGUCUGGGAAGUAAGGAGCGCCUCUGCCUUGCCGCCGUCCUGUCU